AUGAAGUUCUCGCUCCUCGUCACGGCACUGGUGUACGCCUCCACGGGAUCGUGCGCCGCCAUCACAUAUACCAUCCAGAGAGCGUCCAAUCCUACCGCAGACCAGACAGAUGCAUACAACAAGAUCGAUGCCGCCAUGAAACUUGCCAUCGCCCGCUACGGCAAAUACUGCAAUGCGAAAUGCACAAAGAAGAUCACUGUGCAGUAUGAGCCCAGCGUGCCCACGGCUGACGCCAACUACAACGGCAACAUGAGAUUCGGGUCGAAUCGCUCUUACAUGAACGAGCGCACCGCAAUGCACGAGAUCUCACACACCCUUGGCGUUGGACAAACCGCAAACUUCGACUCUCUAUGCGCAUCUGGCAACUGGAAGACGGCACUGCCUUUGCUGAGGAGCUUCGAUGGGUCGAGUGCGAAAAUCAGCUGUGGUGGAAGCCACUUUUGGCCUUACGGUUUGAACUACGACACUGAGUGGAGCGAGACGAAUGCGAAUCGGCACGUGCAGAUGAUGCAGGCUAUGCUUAACGAUGGAAUGUGA